AUGGACCGACGCUGGCUUCUGGCCAUUGCCGUCCGCGUCGGGAUCGCACUCGCCACCGACACGUUCUUCCAGCCCGACGAGUUCUUCCAGUCCCUCGAAGUCGCCCAUCACGCCGUCUUUGGCUACGGCCACCUCACCUGGGAAUGGGUCGCCUCGCGGCCCAUCCGGAGCAUCGUCUAUCCGGCAUUGAACGUGGCCGUAUACCGCCUUCUGAGCGCGCUUGACCUCGACUCCACCUCCGCCCUCGUGUGGGCGCCAAAGGUGCUGCAUGGCCUGCUGGCUGCCGCAACCGAUAUCUCUCUCCUCAGCCUCGCCCGACGGCUCGCAGGCGAACGUUACGUUGAGACCGCAUUCUAUCUUUCGCUUUCCUCGUUCUUCCACGGACUGUCGCUCUCUCGCUCGCUCUCGAACUCCGCGGAAACCGCAUUAACGACCGUUGCGCUCGCCCAAUUUCCGUGGGACACGGCGCGGUCGGCUUGGAAGACUGAUCUAUCAUGGUCGCUGCUCUUCGCGGGCGUCGCGUGCGCAGUGAGACCGACGAAUGCCAUAAUCUGGACGUACAUGUUCGCGUUCCUCCUCUGGGGGCUCCGCACGAGGCUUGGGGAUGUCGCCUUCGUCCUCGUCAGAGGGUGCUUUGCUGGUGCUGUCAUCGCGGCGUCCAUCUUUCUGUUGGACUCUUGGUUCUACGGGGAACCCACGUUCACGCCGCUCAACUUCCUGCUCACCAACGCGUCGUCGGUCUCGCUCUUCUACGGCAGUAGCCCCUGGCAUUACUAUCUUUCGCAAGGGAUCCCCGUGUUGUGCUUCCCGAUCGUCAUCUGGGCCGGAGACGGCCUAUCGCUCGCCGCCAGACGCUCCAGCCCGACGCCGAUCAAGGUCGCCGCUGGGCUCGUUGCAUGGACAAUCUCCGUCUACUCGCUCGCCGGGCACAAAGAAUGGCGGUUCCUCCACCCGCUCCUCCCGCUCGUCCACGUCCUCGCCGCGAAGUCCCUCGUGGACGGCACGCCCGACGCCGGACCACACCCGACCGCGCGGCGGGUGCUCGGGACGCCGUACCGCGCGAGCAUGCUCGCGGUGUCCGUCGGCGCGGUCGCGUACGUCGCCCUCCUUCACGGGCGCGCGCAGGUCGAGGUCGUGCGCUACCUCCGGACGCUCCCCGCGGCGGACUCGGCGUCCGUCGGGUUCCUCAUGCCCUGCCACUCGACCCCCUGGCAGUCGCACCUCCACCGCCCGGACCUGGCCGACGGGGGACGCCUGUGGGCGCUCGGCUGCGAGCCUCCGCUCGAGGGCCAGGACGUUUCGGCGUACAAGGAUCAAACAGACGUGUUUUACGACGCGCCGCUGGAAUACCUGACGGCGCGGUUCCCGGCACGCGUGGAUGGCGGGUUCCCGCCGUCGCCGCUGCCGGCGUCCAAGGCAGGGGAGGGGGAAGUGGCAGGCGCGUAUCCGUGGAGGCACGAGUGGCCGCAGAACCUCGUUUUCUUUGGGGCGCUGCUCGAGAUUGACGGCAUCAAGGCGCUCCUCGAGCGGCUCGGAUACGCGGAGGUGUGGGCGGUGGAACGAGGGUGGGAGGGAGAUGGGCGGCGGACGGGAGGGGUGCGUGUUUGGCGCUUCCGCAGCUGA